UUCUUAGAAAAUUUAUUAAUUUAAAGUUAAUUUAAAAUAACAUUAUUUUUCUUCGUUUACAAAUAAUACAGAGCCAAGAUAAGAGUAGCGAGGCAAUUCCAUACCAAGCAAGUUGGCGAAAAAAAGAAAUCAGCAUGAAACCAUGGAAAUACUAAGUAACUUUACGACAAGACACACCAAACUUGUUGAUCUUCGAACAGUAAUGCUCAGAGCACGGAAUUGAAUGUCUUUUGUUGUAUGUUGCAGACUGUUUAGCUGAGGCAAAAACUGGCGUUUUGAAUGUAUACAAAUCCAACAGGAUUUCUUGCAACUGUUCACCCACUACAAGACUGUUUAGCUGAGGCAAAAACUGGUGUUUUGAAUGUAUACAAAUCCAACAGGAUUUCUUGAAACUGUUCACCCACUACAAGAAUAGAUUUGCAUAUGAAAUUGUACUGUGCAUAAAAUAUAUACAGUAUACACUGAAGACCUUGGAAUAUUUGAAGUUACUUCAGAAGACUGAAACUAGAAAUAUGGAUGAUAUCCUAAUACAAACACUUGAGAAAUACAUCUAUUGUUUAAACUAUUUAUGCAACAUUUCAGUUACUGAAAACCAAUAUGAAAUUGUGCAAGGUUUGAGGGAUUAUGUCACAUCAACAUUGGAGCAGUGCACUGGAGUUCAAGAUGAUUGGUGUGAUGAUAAUUCCAGUUUCAGAGAUCCAUUUUUAUGGAAAAAUCAAGAUAUGUCAUCAGUGCUGAAGUGCAUGAACGAUGUCAUUGACAACAUUUUGUACGUAUUGAUAUCUCCCGAGAAUAUUGGGAAAGACGUCAUGAUACCAUAUGUACUGAUCAUGGUAAUUCUCUGCAUGAUUGGAUUCUUUGGAAAUGUGUUAACAAUCAUUGUGAUCUUGAGCACAAAAAGUAUGCGAACCUCCAUUAACUACUAUCUCCUUAGUCUUGCUUUUUCAGACUUAGUUCUAGUAACAUUUUCUGGUCCGCGUGAGAUUUUCGCAGCUAUACAUUAUCGUCCUUGGAUUUACGGCAAGUUCUAUUGUGUUGGCCACUAUUAUAUCAUUGAAGCCGCUACAUACUGUACAAUCAUGUGUAUCACAGCAGUCACAAUUGAGCGCUAUAUUGCUAUAUGCCAUCCAAUAAAAGCGAAGAGCAUCCUCUUACCAAAUCGGACGCAAAAGAUUAUUAUACCUAUUUGGAUCAUAUCGUAUGCUCUAUCAAUCCCACUGCUGUUUACAUACAACAUCGAAAAUUUUAUUAAGGGCGUUCCUGAAUCCACUGUCUGUACUUACCAGGCAGACAAGCAAUCCAUGAUUGUAAAAUUCAACAUCGUAUCAUCAGUUUUACUCUUUUUUUUACCGAUGAGUAUCAUAACCGUGCUGUACACUUUAAUCGCAAGAGCGCUAAAUGGUAACGAUAUGAAAAUUAAUUUGAGAAGGUCAUCCGCUUUGACAUCCCCGAACCAGAUCAACAUGAAGAACAAAAAUAGUGAUGAUGAUAAAGUGGAUGUUUUGAGACGGCAAGUUGUUAAGUUGCUGGCUAUAGUUUCAGUCUGUUUUGCUGUGUGCUGGAUCCCAUACCAUGUGGUCCGUUUAAUGCCUAUGAUACAUUAUGAAAGCUGGUCAGAAACAUUGCUGUAUAUUUACCACAAGUACUUCUACUAUGUGUCAGUCGCCUCUUUGUACAUAAGUGCAAUGAUUAAUCCGAUUCUUUAUAACAUGAUGUCAAAGAAGUUUCGUGAUGCUUUUCGACGAGUAGUGUUUGGUCGAUGCUGUCAUCCAGUACGUCACCAGAGGUACAACAGCCUCACCAGAGCUACCCAUAUGAAUUCCACUGUUGUAUCACCAGUUUGAAAUUUUAGACAGUGUAGUUUGAUGUAAGACUUCAAGAAGAACAAAUUGAAGGUCAUCAAUGAGCUUCCCGACCCACAUGAUCAAGUUUUUUUUUUAAAUGCUGCAAGAAAAUUACAAUGAUGAAUUAUUUUACAACCUCCCAUUGCCAUGAUACCUAUCAUUAAGAUUGAAACACAUCUGUUCAGCUUAUGUCAUGGAUUGGAUAUUCUUCAGUUGCAUACUAAGAAUCAGUAAAUUUAUUGAGAGAAAUUUGGAGUUUGUUAGUUGUACAGGAGGAAAACCUACAAGAUCAUGGACAAGGGACAUAAAGGAAUGGACUGGACAAGGACUGGCAGCAGCAUCAUCAUCUGCUGGUGAUGAAGAGUGUUGGCUAGCAAUAGUGAUGGCCACCGCAUCGCAAUUUGCGCCAUCAGACUAAAGAGAGAGUUGUACAUUAUUCACCUAAAAUGUAGAGCUGUGACCUGCAUAAUGAUUGGACUGUUGGAAGAUACUUGGAGAAGAGAAAAUGAAAUAAUCAGGUGUUGAACCUAAAAAAAAGAAAAGGAAAAAAAAAGAAAAUCCAGUGUCCAACAGUUAGGUUGAUGCAGAAAAGUAAUUCCACUUGAUGGCACCUAAAGGAUUUGUACUUGAGCUACUACAGAAACCCAAUGUCAUCAUAUCAUUUUCCUAUGCAUAAGCAUAGAGUUUUGGUGAUUGGCCUCUGUACACCAAGAAACUCUUCAUGGAGUUGUAACAUGAUCAAUGACUUCUUGUAAUUUCUCCUCCAAAGAAUUUCAUCUUUUAUCCCCCUAUCACAAACACCUGGAGAGCGUAGAAUUGAACCAAAAGCCUAAUGAUUUCUACAUUGUUCAGAACACACACACUGGCUACUACCAGUUUAGCUGAUUAAAAUCUAUGCUAUCAGUUUUGCCAGACCUGUUGAUCAGAGAGGCUAGCAUUAUGAUAUAGGGGGAAAUUAACAGGGUCUGUGCUCACCUCAGCCCAAUCAUAGUUAGAAACGUUUCACAUUAAAUUUUGAGAUAUUGAUUAUUUGAUUUAUAGUGCUAGUUUGUAUAUAUUUCCAUUUUUCAUGUUUUUAUUUUGUUGGUUAUUUUACAUACUGUAUAUUGAAAAACUGUACAUAAGUACAUAGUAAUAUAAAGAAUAAAAAAAAAAGUUGGGUGAGAAUUUAAUGGGGAUGCAACAUAGUCAGCCAGAAAUUGCUCUUAAAAACUUUAUACAUGUUUAGACAGUAAGAUGUUCAAUAUUAAAUAUCAAAAACAAUUUUGUAAUAUUGGGACAUGGCUCGCUCCUUCUUAAAUCUGAAAUCAUGUUUUUAGAAAAUAAUAUAUUUUCAUGCAAAUGGUAGAUGUUAUGCAAAAAACUGGAUGAUGUAAAUGUACUGUACUGAAUAGCCUUGAAUUUCAGCAUUAUAAGCCUGUCACAACAAAAAUAGAUUUCAAACAUUCCUGAAAUAUAAUGAGAGCAAUUAUACACAAUUGUUUAUGGUUUUCUUAAUCCAGAUUGAUUAUAAA